AUGGAGGACCGCGAUCCUGAGCUGCCUCCGCAGCUGCUGCGCGUGAUUCCAGCUGGACGUAUGCCGGAUCGCGCAGUCCUCCUAGACAUGGCCUAUACAGCUUGUAUGGUGAGGAAGGAGGGCGAAGCUUUCGAGUUCAGGCUCAAGAUCCAUGCAGCGAACGAGCAAGUUCCAUUCCUGGAUUCCAGCCACCCGCUGCACGAAUGUUACACGUGCCUAAAGCGCAACGAGGGCGGCGCUCUAUCCGAGUUUGUGAGCAGCAAUGUGCCGGACCAUGUGCGCAAACUUUUCGUUGAUGCGCCAAAGCCGUCACCACCCGAGGUGGCGGACCGUAACUCAGUGUCAUAUUCGGAACAGACAACUUCUCCUGGUACAGUGGGCGUGCCAAAGGACAAAUCUGCACCCGGAAAGUGCCUUAUUCACGGUUACUCAGACUCCGAGUGA